AUGUCAGGUCAAUUGUCAAUUGGUAAUGAAUUGAAGGAUUCAUUGAAGGAGACCGAUAAAUGGGUCCAUAACAAUGUUAAAUGGUUAAAGGAAGUAGAAUCGUUUUACAGGGAAAGGGCUAAAUUAGAGAAGGAGUACUGUGAGAAAUUAUUACAUUUAACUGGAGAGUAUUUUAAUAAGAAGAGUGCCAGUUCAGUACCAUUAUCUGUGGGAGAUACCCCUACAACUUCACCUGGUUCAAUUGAAGCAGCUUCUGUUGUGACAUGGAAUGAAAUCUUAGCUCAAACAGAAUUGAUUGCUAAAGAACAUGGGAAAUUAGCUCAAGAAUUCGACGGUCAAAUAGGUGGUCAAUUAUCUGGAUUACACUCCAAAGUGGAUAUGACUUUAUCUAAAAUUCAAGGGUAUGGAAAAGAAAUGACUGAUAGACGUAACGAUGUCUAUAACGAAUUAGAAAGAUCCAAAAAGGCGUAUGAUGAAAGUUGUCAAGUUAUGGAAAAUGCUAGAAACAAAAAUACAAAGUCACCAAAUGAAAGAAACAAGAAUAAGUUAGCUGAGAAAGAAACAGAUAUGAAUAUAGCAAAAAAUGCAUAUUUAAUUAAAAUCAACCAGGCUAAUAGAGUUAAAGAUAAGUAUUAUUUCCAAGAUGUUCCUGAAGCAUUGGAUUUGAUGCAAGAUUUAAAUGAAGUUCGUAUAAUCUUCUUGAAUGAAAUCUUAAAACAAGCAUCUUCAUUUGAAACUAAUUUGGGAUUGCAAGUUCAAAAAAGAUUAGAAACUGCAGACACUAUACUUUCUCAAAAUAAGCCAUCGUUAAGUACAGCUAUGUUCAUUAAGCACAACGUUAAACAAUGGAAAGAACCUGCAGAUUUCCAAUAUAGACCUUCACCUAUAUGGCAUGAUGAUGAGAAGUUUGUUGUUCCUUCUCAAGUUGAAGCCAAUGAUUUAAGAAUGAAAUUGGCAGUAGCUGAAAAAGAGUAUAAUCAAAAUAAUGAUCUUGCAAAAGGUGAAUUUUCUCAGUUAUCUUCUUUGAACAAGAAAAAGCAGGAAAUGAAAUCCAACGAAGAUAAUAUAAAAGGUCAAGAGUUUUUCGAUAAUAUGAAAACAUAUAUUGGCCUGGUUUCAUCAUUCACAAAUCAUGAAACAAUGAAACUUAAAUCUGAAGUUCAGAUUGAAAGUAUUCAAAAUAACACUCCCAGUGAAUUUGAUUUAUCUACUGAUAAUAUUAAUAUAUCCAGUACGAAAAAGAAAACUGGCUUCUUUAGUAUGUUUAAACAAGGUUUAAAAUCAAAUGAUUCUAAACCACAUAGUGGAAAUAGUAACAAAACUCAUCGUUCAGUAUUUGGUUCCAUUGGAGGUACUCUUAAUAAAAGAACUUCAGCAGUUUCAAGUAAUGAUGGGGGAGAAACCAGUGAUUUUGAUGAUGAUUCUAACUAUGUUUCAACAAAUGCUGCCUCUGACACUUUUUCAGUUAACACAGGAUCAGCAAAUGCAGGAACUGGGAAUUCUGAACAAAAUAAAGUUUUGUUUUCAUAUACCAGACAAGAUGAUGAUGAAAUAGAUAUUUCACUGGAAGAUUCUAUUUCAUUAGUUACCGCUGAUACCGGAUCUGGAUGGACAAGAAUUAAAAAUAACACAACUGGUGAAACUGGCUUGGUACCUACUUCAUAUGUCGAAAUCAAUCAAAAAGCUAGCAACAGUCCAAGAGGACCUGCUCCUGCAGCACCACCAUCCAGAAGAGUUACAGCUUCUAUUCGAACAGUUGAGGCAAUAUAUGAUUAUGAAGCAGCUGGGGAUGAUGAAUUGAGUAUAAGUCAAGGUGAGACCAUCAAAGUCAUAAGGGGAGAUGAUGGUUCUGGUUGGACAUAUGGUGAAUCAAAUGGGGCUAAAGGUUUAUUCCCAUCUUCAUACUGUAAAUAA